CUCCUCCUCUUUAUGAGGCGUUAACAGAUGGGCCGCCGCCAUUGUUUCUGGAGACUUGCGAUUUCAAGCAACAGCUGCUGUCACUUCCACGGGAAAGCGCGCACGAGGGAAAGGCCCGCUCUCAAUGGCCCGGCUCCGGAGCGCCAGAUUGGGCUGGGCGUUUGCCCUUUUGAUGGAGAUCAUAAACAAUGGCCUGUGAUGAGCGUUACAUCUGCUGGUACUGCUGGAGAAUAUUCAAAUACCCGAACACACUCAAGGCCCACGUCCACUUCCACUGCGCUCUGAGCAACGGACGGGGGUUUACGACGAGUGAGCAAGCCAGAGGCAGCGAGUCCUUCAGCAGGUCCCCCAAAUCCGGAGACAUUCCCAACACSUCCACCUCUCCCAGGAGCAGCCACAGUACCUCGUCCGUUUCAGACUCCGGCAGGAGGGUGGUGUCCUCCUCUCCGUUCCUAAACAAAACGGGACUGUCAAAGAAAAGCAGCUCGGAGGAGCAGGACAGGGCCCUUGAUAUGAGCGUUACAUCAACCAGGAACCACCAGGGACACCUCCUGGGUCUGGGCGCUACAUCUUCAGUGCUGGGCAGCAUGGGCUUCUAUCCGGGCGUGCGCUCCGCCUUCAAGCCCACCGGCGUGUCCAAGGUCCCGGAUCCUUCCAGAGAGGAGGCCAACGGGAAGACGAGCGGCCUCGGCUUCAGUAAGCUGGUCGGGAACAUGAAACCAAUCCGCAGUUUAGGAGAGGGCCUGAACGGAGGCGGGAGUCACCCUGCAAAGUGCGCACCUGCUMUUCUGGACUCCUCAUCUCCGAUGGUUCCGUGCGCAAACCCUAUCCGGGGUUUCCCGUUGCUGCAACACGUGGAGGAAACCUCRGCUUUUAAACACGUAGAGAGCCGGAUGCACUCCGGCCUGUCCCCGUCCCGUUACCCCCAGAUGCCCCCGGGACUUCACUUUGAAAGGUUUUCUCUCCCUCACUUUGACGGAGUGAAGUCUUACAGCGGAGACUGUAACCUCCCUCUCAUGCCCUUCACCGUGUAUAACGGGGAGCUGCUCUACAGCUCGCCCUACUAUCCGCUCAAAUUCCACUUCAGCAACCUCCUCAAGUACCCAGACUCCGUGCCCUACUUCGGGCCGCCCCCCCUCACCCAGGACCUGGGCUCCAUCACAAACAUAGACCGGGAGAUCGCCAUGCACACUCAGCAGCUGUCMGAGAUCGCCGCGGAGAAGAACCGGGCGCGCAUGGACCCCAUACCCACCGGGAGCGCGGGCGGCACCGGGUCGGGCAAGCCCAAAAAGGGACACCUGUGUCUGUACUGCGGCAAGCUGUACUCGCGGAAAUACGGCCUGAAAAUCCACAUGAGGACUCACACCGGCUACAAGCCGCUCAAGUGCAAAGUGUGCUUCCGGCCCUUCGGGGAUCCGAGCAACCUGAACAAACACAUCCGGCUGCACGCGGAGGGAAACACGCCCUACAGGUGCGACUUCUGCGGGAAAGUGCUGGUCCGGAGGAGGGACCUGGAGCGGCACGUGAAGUCCAGACACCCGGGACAGAGCGUGAAGAAGCUGGACGAGAAGCCGGGCGGCCUGUUCGAGGACGCGGAGCAGAAGAGCGACAAUGACAGUGAUGUGGAUGUGUGCUUCACUGACGACCAGAGCGACCAGGAGUCCGGCAAAAAYAACCACUGACAUGUUGACUUCUGCUCACACACAACAGAUCACACACAGGAAAAAACAAUCGGUCUCUUGUCUCAGAGCCAUCUAAGGGGCUGCACASCAAAUAAAGUGAAGAAAACAAUCUUUUACAGAUGAAAUAUUGCUUUUUGGACAUUAAAAAAGAUCAAAUUUGA